AUGGAUUCCGAUUCCAACAUCACUAACGCUUUCGACGACAUGGAAGCUGAUUUCUCUCCAUUAGUGAAUGCUUCGGUAGAAACCGGAGUCCUUUACGUGGCUGAGCCUCUCGAUGCUUGCGAAGACUUGAGAAAUAAACGGGGGCAAAGCCCUAACAGUACUUCCCGUUUUGUGUUGAUCGUAAGAGGAGGCUGCAGUUUCGAGUACAAAGUAAGAAACGCACAGAGAAGUGGUUUCAAGGCUGCCAUUGUCCAUGACAAUAUGGACCGCAACAUCUUGAUAGCAAUGGGGGGAGACCCGGACGGUAUAAAGAUUCAAGCGGUUUUUGUGACAAAAGCAGCUGGAGAAGCACUCAAGAACUAUGCUGGUUUGAUCAAAACGGAGGUCAUGUUGGUCCCUAGUUUAGAGGACUCGGUGUGGUCAUCGUUUGCCACCAUAGCAUUGAUGUUGUCGCUAGCCACUUUCGUUGUUCUGGCCACUUGUAUCUUCGUCUAUAGGCGUUGCAUAACACACAUGAACGCUACAUCACAGUUCCAUGGGAUGAGCCGUAGAAUGGUGAAAGCAAUGCCGAGUGUUGCAUUCAUUUGUGCAAAAGAAGACAACACGACUUCUUUGUCUUGUGCUAUCUGCCUCGAAGAUUACAGUGUUGGGGACAAGCUCAGGGUUCUACCUUGCAGUCACAAGUUUCAUGCUGCUUGCGUAGACUCGUGGUUGACAUCAUGGAGAACAUUUUGUCCAGUGUGUAAACGGGAUGCUAGAACAAGCACAAAUGAGCCACAAGCAUCAGAGAGUACACCGUUUCUCAGAUCUUCCAUCGCGGCAUCAUCCGUAGUGCUUAUAGAUACUCCUCCUGUGGGAUCCUCACUCUCUUUCUCUUCAGGGCACAUAAGCUCGUCCUACAUUCAACAAUCUUUCAGGUCUUCCUCUCAUCACAGCCGAUCUUCCCCAAUAAAUGUCAGCCGUAUCUCUGCGGAUCUCAGGGAACAAACCUCCCCAUUGAACUCUUCAUCGCAGAAAUCAUACAUCACAUGUAUGGGUUCUUUGCACUCACCAUGCCGGCCUAGCCCGAGCAAUGUGUCGCCUGGAUUAGUCCAAUCAACAUAUCAUCAGUUCCAUCCCCUGCUAUGCAGUGAAUCAGCAGGUACGUUAUCUCCUUUCGCCUCUGCACACUCGCUUCGAGAGUGUUAG